AGCUUGCCCUACCACUGUAUUGUGUAGCUGUCUGCACAAUUUUCCUGUUGUUUAACUCAUCUUGGCUAUUCGAGCGAUCCUCCCUCAACCCACCCAAAUCCCUUACCCACCAGUCCAUCUAUCAAAUGCAAGCUCAUUUACCCAUCCCACUAAGCCAGCUCUCUCGCUCUCGCUUGUUAGGGCUGUCCAAAAGCUGCAACGGCCUGCCGAUAACAGAGAGGGGCUCAGCGGCGGAUCUACCGCGCAGCCCUCGCAAGACGAGACGAGACGAGAAGAAAAUCUUUCAGCCCGCCCAGAAUAGCCAAGAUGGAGCAAUCGAGGCCGUUAUAUUUCCUGGCGAACUGCCGAGGAACCGUUUGCUCAGGCACUGCUACUUUUCGCUUAAGCACCAAGGCGCAGAGGUGUCAGCGUGAUUUCGGUCGAUCUUUUACCAAACUCGCCGGCUCUGUUCCCCUCCGCAUGGAAACGCCGUCCCCUCCCCGCGCCCGAGGAAAAGGAAUGACAGCAACAGAGUUCCGAGUUCCUCGUCGUUGCAGAAAAGAAAAAAAAAGCAAAAAGCCCCUGAAAGCCUUACGUGGUUAGCGGGCUCCAUCCUCACGAUCCGUUCCCCGAAACAUGGUACCUCACGAGUCAUAGGCGUACCGCAGGUUUAUUACAACCCUUACAAAUUAGAGCUAGCUGCAGCUAAUCAGACUCUAGCCUUUACGACGAGCGUCGGUUGAAAACAUCGGGACUCGUAGAGAAGGGGCAGGCAUCGCCGAGUUUUCUGGUAGCAAAAAAAAAAAAGAAAAAAAAAACAGAAGCUGAAUCACAAUCACCCCCGCACAACAUGCCGUUCGCGUGGCUGCAUGGGUUCUCUGAAUCCCCACCAAUAUAAUAUAACCCAUGUGUUGACUGA